UGCGCUUAAAUUCAAGUCGUUUGUUGUGAGGAGUAGAGUUCGCGUUGAAUACUCACCGUGCUAGAAGCGAACGCGUGUUGAAUCCAUGCAUAUGUGAUUUUUUUGGCGCGUGAACAUAACGACGUUGCGCAGAUUAGACUCGCUGUUGCACCUGGAGGGCGGAAUUGUGCCACAUUGGAGCGUUCCGGUGCGCACCAGAGGACGGUCCAAGCAGCAGGACAUCUUCAACUGAAAUUUGAGUUUUGCAUCAAAAUAUUUUAGGUUAGACAUCUUAUAUGCAAGUUACCCUGAUCAAUUUUAAAACCAAACGGUGCGUAUUUGUUGACAGGAGUCGCAGACGCGCGCACUGAUCCUCCUUUUUUAUGGCUGACGCCAGAGACUUUCGGCCGACUGGACCCAGAUUUAGGAUUUAAAAGUUCCGUUAUUUUUUUUUUAUAAUUAUUUUUUUUUGUCCUGCAUUCCUUUCCGGACUCCGUAGCGAUGAUGACUGAGAACAAUGAGAUGGAGGGCGACCCGCAGCUCCAGCGCUCCGCGAGCAACAUCCCCAUCCAGCCGGUCACCUCCAAGCUCCAGAGACUAAAACGCUCGCUAUCCUUCAAGACGAUGAUGCGCAGUAAAAGCAUGGAGAACUUUUUUCAGAGGUCCUACAGCGACGCCCGACUGCCCCCGGACUUCAUCACUGACCCACCUCCUCCAUCUCCCCCCAUCCCACCUGGAUCCCCUCUCGUCAGUGAGCGUUCGCCAUCCAUCUCGCCGUCCCUCAGCCCAAACCCCUCCAUCGCCUCCCACUCACCAUCAUUCAGCCUCUCCCCAUUGCUGCCUGCCAAACCGGCCCAAAUCCAGAUUAACCACUGUUUCCAGGACCACGUCUUUAGAAAGCCCACCAACUGCCAGCACUGCAAGCACAUGAUCGUGGGAAACUCCAAACAAGCUCUGCGGUGUAAAACUUGCAAGAUGGCUGCCCACCUGUGGUGCACCUCAGAACUAUCGCAGCAGCAGUGCCAUGGCAAGUCUGGAGCGUUCAAGCGAAACUUCAGCUCGCCGAUGCUCGUCAAUGACCAAUUGGCUGUCGUAAAGGAAGUUCAGCCAAGCCAAGAGGCUGUACGGAAGCGUGUAGACCCUGUCUAUGCUGCCUUGCGCUACGGGACGUCCUUGGCACAGAUGAGCCGUUCCAGUUUUGGCAGUUUAUCAGAAUCACCAACACGCAGUUUGGGGGAGGGAGUUGAGGAGAGUCAGCUGAGACAGAGCAGCAUGGAGGAGGAGAUAACUCAGGAGACGGGGGAGGAUCUUGCAGUCCUCCCAGAUCCUCCUGUUCCAGAGAGUGAGAUGGAGAAAGAGGACGACCUGAGCAGUGAGCAGGCUCAGGUUCCUGCAGAAGACAGUGGUGUAAAGGUGUCCAAACGCAUUGAAGUCCACUCUAUCCACACCUACGUAGCACUCUACAAGUUUCUGCCUCAGGAGCAGAACGACCUGGAACUACAUCCAGGCGAUCGGGUGCAGGUCACAGACGACUCUAAUGAGGAGUGGUGGAAGGGUAAAAGUGGUGACAGAGUUGGAUUUUUUCCUUCCAACUUUGUGCAAAGAGUCCGACCCGGAGAGCGGGUUUGGCGAGUCAUCCAGGGGUUUCCUGGCAACCGGGACAAAGGACACAUGGCAGUGAGGGAAUCCCAGAUUUGUGUCGGGAAGCAAGAAGAUGGCGAGAUGUUUCUGAAGCUAAGCAGCGGAAAGAAGAGAGGCCUGGUCCCAGCGGACUCCAUCGAGGAGAUCUGAACCUGAUCCUGCUUCCACACCCAGAUCCAAAUUAUCACCACUAAACCUUUUCCUGCUUUCUGGAGAAGAGACAGCCUCAGCUUCUGAAACCAAACAGAAAACAAACAUUCGUGCAAGGCCACCUCUGAUGAACACCGCGUGUCUCACUGAAAGUCUUAUUCCAGUGUCCUGUCAUCCCAGUUCUCCGUUUUUAAACGCAAAAGUUCACGUUUAGACAAAGGGAGCACGAGUCAGUGUGCUGUCGUGUGUUUGCAUCAGAUUUAGUUUUCUCCAUCAAAAACGUGGGAGGAGGCUGAAUCCUGGGAACAUCAUGCUUGUGUCAGUGUCCUUUUCUUGCUUCUUCCCACUCAGUGUGUCUCAUCUCUAUCUGCUCACUUAGGGACUUUUCUUUACUCUGGGGAAUAUCAGCUUCUUGUAACGCUUUGUAUCAAGAGAUUCCUGCCAAGAACAUCUACUGCCAUCUAUGGAAAGCUAUACUGCCACUCCGAGAGUCUGCAGAACGAGAUGAAAGAAAUGUAAAAACUUCCUUAACGUCUGCAUCAGACUUUUAAAUCCUUCUACCAAUUAAAGACUGCAGGAAUAAUAAUAAAAACGCUUUGCAAAGGAAAAACUGCCAAUCUGGGAAUCUACGCUCUAAUCUGCUUUACAGAAAAUGCUUCAUCUGUUCAGUUUGAAGCCCUAAAACACUUGAUAGACUAAGAUUUACCCAAAUACUUACUCAAAUGACAUUUUAGUAGCUCAUGAAUAAUUCUGUGUUUGUUGAGUUUUUUGAAUCUUUUCAUGUUGAUGUUUUAGAACAAGCGUAAGAAAACAGAAAGAGUUUCUUCAGGAAAUGUAGUUUCAGAACUUCAGAGCUGGAACAAGAAAAGUGUCAAUAAGUGUGAAAGUUACAAGUGGAAGAAGCUGUUCUGUUUUCACACGACGGCGCUCGCUGUGCACAGAGGUCGGAGUCUGCUGAGACUUGCUUAAGAGCCACAGCAGGCUCCGCUAGUGCUGCCCGGCAUUUCAACAUGUUCUCUACAGCUCGCAACAGCAGGAAAUAAACUGCAGCCAGUGUGCCUAACAGAAAAACUAAAAAGCUACAACAUGCUGAGGACCUUUCUGGCCAUAGCGAGGAUUACAGGUUUCGCUGACGGUCUGGAGGAGGAGCCGGCGCAGUGAGACGAAUGAGGCGAGCGUUGAACCGUUAUGAGUCAGUCUGCGUUGAGGCGAUGGCGUACCCAUGGGUGCACAAGUUGUUCAUUGAUCAAAUGUCAGCCUUCCAUCUUCCACUUUGGCCUCUGUUGUCCUCUUGAUAUCGAUGUGACUGGUCAGCUGUGGCAUAAACACAUUUCUGCUUGAAUGCCAGCUGGACAUCUUAGACAUUUAUGACUCAUGCACAUAUUUUGCAUGUGGGAGAAAGUAAAAAUGGCUUAAAGCAUUGAACACAACAAUAGGAUGAUGAAUUAUUAUAUAAUUUAGGUAUUUUGCUGGUUUGGUUUUGGCAGAUUUAGGUAAAAUUUAUCUUUUUUUCUUUUCUUCUAAACGUCACAUUAAAAAGUGUAACAAUCAUCUCUUCUUGUGAAAAAAAAAGAAAUAAAUGAAAAGAACUUUAUUGUAA